UAAAUGGGUUUAUUAAGGCAUAUCAUCCUGAGGAUAGUAGUAUGAUUGUAACUAACAAAAAUUUUUCUGAAAAUUCAUAUGAACAAGCUAAAAAAAUGAAAAUAUUAAUUUGUCAGUCUAAAAAUAUAGUUAAGAAUAUUAAAAAAGAGAUCGAAAGAAAAAAACAAAUAUUAGUAAAAGAUUCAAAUAAACCAAAAGAAUUAAUUGUAGAAGUAAUCGAAGAAAUUAUUGAUAAUAACAUAAAUGAAUAG